AGAUGCAGUACUAUUCAAAUCUUAUGAUAUCGCAGUUAUUUCUUCACAUUGUCAAAUUACGUCGUACACCGUGCGAGCUGUUUGGUCGCAAUUAAUCUCGGAACACUCGUAUAACUAAGGACUUCAAGAUGAUGCGUAACCUCCUACCACCCGGAGCCAGUACCAGGUACGCUCCCAUACUAUUUGAGAAGUACCUGGACGUCCCCAAAGUUAAUGCUCUCUCCCAGUUCUUCUCGGACCACGUAGAAAAGGUGUACUGGAUAUGCGCAGCGUACGUUAUCACAAUCCACGCAGUAAAACACUUCAUGAAGGACAAAGAAGCGCUGAAACUGAAGAAUCUGCUGAUAACGUGGAACGCGAUCCUGGCUGUGUUCAGUAUCUGGGGAACGUGCCGGGUAUCACAUCAACUGUUCACGGGGAUCAUGUCACGUGGUGUGGACGGCUACUUCCAGUGUGGCUACCGGGAGACGGAUAUCUUGGUGGGGUUCUGGAAACGACUCUUUGGUCUGAGCAAGAUCAUAGAGUUGGGGGACACCCUGUUCAUAGUGUUUAGGAAAUCUAAACUGUCCUUUUUACACUGGUAUCACCAUGUCACCGUGUUGCUAUACUCUUACCCUGUUGCUGAAUACUCCGCACGGACAGGCGCCAUCACAAAUGUGGGAAACUGGUUCUCCGGUGUGAACUUCGCAGUGCACUCCAUCAUGUACACCUACUACACAAUGCGGGCGGCUGGUAUCCACGUGUGGCGGCCCAUUGCCAUGUCCAUUACCACCGUACAGAUUCUACAAAUGGUAGGUGGCAUAUUUGUGGGGUUCUACGUACCGUGGUGGAAAUGUGGUAAGCCCCUUUCCUCCUUCGUCAUGGUCUGCACAAUUGCCAUGUACACAAGCUACUUCCUUCUCUUUUGUAACUACUUCAUCAGAGCUUAUAUUAUGAAGAGCAAGAAGAAAGCUGAGAAGAAGAAAGAGUAAACGGGAGUGAAGAGGGAAAAGUGAGGAUUGAUAAGAGAGAGAAACCAUUAAUUUGAACCUUUUUAAAUUUAAAGACCUUGUUGCUAUUCACCUUAUACAUUGUGUGUACUUUUGAAAGAAAUAGUUUCUUAGAAUUUGCACUUAUUAUUCCUGAAUUUCGGUGAUCAGUUUUUUGGGGAAGUAUUUUAUCAUAAUUUGUUAGAUACGAGAAGAAUUCAACGAAUGUAACUAUGUAAAUUGUUAAAUGUUUCCAAAGAUAUGUUCCCUGUUUGAUAGGGCUCGUACUAUAUUUAAGAGAUUU